ACCGGAACUUUGUCAGUUGAGGCUGGAUCCGGACCAGGACGGCCCUUUCGUACUUCUGCAGCUGCCACGAGCGGAGCGGUCGCAGGCUCAAAAUGGGUGACUGCUGGGAUGAUCCUGCGCCUGCAACGGUGACAGUUGUUCCUACGGAGCAGCUAGAAACGAAACUCUUUGGACGUUGGAGCUCAAGUGAUGUGCAAGUCAGCGAUAUCGGUCUCACUGACUACAUUGCAGUGAAGGAGAAGCAUGCCAAGUACUUGCCCCACUCCUCUGGUCGUUAUGCAUCCAAGAGGUUUCGCAAGGCCCAGUGCCCCAUUGUGGAGCGUCUGACCAACUCCAUGAUGAUGCAUGGCCGCAACAAUGGCAAGAAGCUGCUUGCAGUGAAGAUCGUGAAGCACUCGUUUGAGAUCAUUCACCUUCUUACUGGAGAGAACCCAUUGCAGGUCGUAGUGAAUGCCAUUAUCAACAGUGGACCUCGUGAAGACUCCACACGCAUUGGGCGUGCUGGCACAGUGCGUCGUCAGGCCGUUGAUGUGUCGCCACUGCGCCGGGUGAACCAGGCCAUCUGGCUGCUCUGCACAGGUGCCCGUGAGAGUGCCUUCCGCAACAUCAAAACCAUUGCAGAGUGCUUGGCUGAUGAGCUGAUAAAUGCAGCCAAGGGUUCGUCCAACAGCUACGCGAUCAAGAAGAAGGACGAGCUCGAGCGUGUUGCAAAAUCCAACCGUUGAGGCAAGCAUUGUAUUAUCGCUUGGGGAAUAAAAAAAAAAGUUGCUCCAGGAAUCU